UCACGGGGCCUAGGGGCCUCGUUGCUUCGGGCGUCUUCUUUCAGGUUUUUUCUCUCCCCGCGCCCGACUUGGAGAUGUCUGGCCGAGGCAAGCAGGGCGGCAAGGCGCGCGCCAAGGCCAAGUCACGUUCGUCGCGGGCCGGCCUGCAGUUCCCGGUGGGCCGCGUCCACCGCCUGCUCCGCAAGGGCAACUACUCCGAACGGGUCGGGGCCGGCGCGCCCGUGUAUCUGGCGGCCGUGCUCGAGUACCUGACGGCCGAGAUCUUGGAGCUGGCGGGCAACGCGGCGCGCGACAACAAGAAGACGCGCAUCAUCCCGCGCCACUUGCAGCUGGCCAUCCGCAACGACGAGGAGCUCAACAAGCUGCUGGGCCGCGUCACCAUCGCGCAGGGCGGCGUGCUGCCCAACAUCCAGGCCGUGCUGCUGCCCAAGAAGACCGAGAGCCCACAAGGCCAAGGGCAAGUGAGGCCGCGGAGGUGGGCCGGUAACGGCCGCGCCCCCAGGGGCCCCGUGACACCAAAGGCUCUUUUCAGAGCCACCCCCAGCCUCACGAAAAGAGCCGCACUGAACACGCUUCCGUUCCUUGUCCUAGGGCUGCGUUCUCCUGGGCGCACGGGGAACCUGACACGAGACAUGAUCCGGGCUGGUGUGCAGCCGCGGGUGCGGACGAACACGUGGCCGCCCUCACCCCAAGCUACCGCUCGCCGUGAGGGUGCUUGUUCCUGUGCUACUGGGCCACGUUGAGACGCCAGGGACAGGCCGCUUGCCCACUCCGGGCCUGCAGAACCCGGUGGGUUCACUGGGUACUGGAGAAGCGUCCUUAGUGGAGAGAAGGGGCCACGUAAACCUUAAGAUUUACAUUUAAAAAUGUGAAGGUGCUUGAGCGGGACGAUGUUUCGAAGUUUUUGGAAACCAUCCGAGUUCCGAUCUGAUCUGAACAUGAGGGUCUCGGAAAGGGUUCCUGUUCUAGAGGCGUUUGCAAUCUUUUCUAAGAAACCAUUUUUAAGUAAAGAAAGGCGGUGAGACAAUUCAGGAUUAUAUAAUUUGUACUUCCUAAAAUGAGGUCUACUCAACCAGGGCUCCCUAGACACCAUCUGGAGCUCAGCACACAUCUGCUGGUCUUAGGAAAAUAGUCUCAUGCUGUGGAAGAAAUUCACACCCAGGGUGUACAAGCGUGACCUAUCCACGUGGACCAGAACACAGGACUCCACUGCAGCGGAGGAACAUAGCAGAGCACAUGUAUCAGCAGGCCCCAUGUCAGGCACACAAGCUGCAAGGAAGUCCCAGACACUAGAGAGCCUUCUGGAGAUUGAGCUGGCCAUCGUGUGUCCAGCGACAGUCUUCAGUUCUAGCAGAAAUUUGUGUUUAUGCAUUGAUAUUGAUGUAGGUCAUUGUAUGUCAUCAAACCCCUCCGUGGCAUUUAAGAAAUGCUGAAUUUUCAGGG